UUGGGUCCUUUCUCGGGCUUCUUAUUCGGGUGUAAAUUGUAGAAAGCAUUUCUCUAUAGCCAAACGUUCGAACUGCGAGCUUAACGUUGCAGAUGCGUUUUCUUCCACUUAGUUCUCCUCGGUCUCGGACACUGCAAACAGCCUCCUUUCCACAUAGGCCUGAGAACUGUAAGUGCUUCCUCGUGAGCUCCGAAGCCUCGUUUGGUCUCACCUUCUCUCUCCUUUUGAAGCUUCUGUUGGUCUUUCGUCCAAGUGCUCUCCGGAUAUCCAUUCAGUUUCUGAUUUGCAGCUUCCUUUUCUUCUCUUCUCUGUGAAUCUUUUUGCAUCUUGCAUCAACCGAGAAGAUGUCUAACAGAUGGAAAAGAUGUGUGGUGUUACUACUAUUCGUUCUCUCAAAUGCAUCAGUGGAUUCAGAGGUAGACAUCAUCCGAUGUCUCACUACUGCAGCUUGUGCAUAUGGAAAGGAGCAGAUCGAUAGGAAUCUCCAACCCAGGCUUGUCGCUGAGAAAAGACUGUCUUUUUCCGGGACCAGAAGGUCUCUGAGUUCAUCGAAUCUGGUGUUUUGUGUGGCAAACUCCAGCGCCAGCCCAAGUGCUUUGAGAAGUGGAUUGGAUUGGGCGUGUGGACCUGGUUCAGCAAACUGCAGCGCUAUACAGCCUGGUCAGCCUUGUUAUCGAGACGACAACUUGGUGGCCUUGGCUUCCUACGCCUACAAUGACUACUAUCAAAAAAUGAGAGCCAUCGGUGGAACCUGUGACUUCCGCAGUACAGCCAUGAUCACAGCCACUGACCCUAGCCAUGGUUCCUGCAUCUUCACUGGAAGCUCAGGAAACACAAGCGCAGGCCGCAACGAUUCAGCUACAGGGCAGCCACCCUUCGUCCCCGCUGGCACUGAUGGUGCCAUGCCAUUACAAGUUUUCAGAGCAACCUAUCUGCUUCUCAUAAUACUGCACUUCCUGCUCUGAUAAUAUGUAGUGAGACUUGGGACAUGAUUCGUGUCACUAGACAGGAUUAAACAGGGGAGAAAAGAGAAUGAUGUUAGGCGAAAAAGUGCACUGAUGCUCUUGUAGUUUGGACACCUUUGUGUUGACCUCGAAUGACCAUGGUUAACUCCAUUGAUGGUUGUCUUCUCUUUCAUUCACUUGUAUAC